GCGCUGAGGCGAUGGCGGCCGCGCUGGGCCGCUUGUGGCCGCGCGGCGCCGGUCGCAGUCUCUUUCUCUCGCAGCAAGCUGCGGUUUCUCCUUGUCUCCGGGCUUUUUCGGUCCUUGCGRGUUCCGUGGAGCAGCCUCCAAGGAGCAGCCUCUCCCCGGCGCCCGUGGGCCUCUGCCAAGGCCUGGCGGGCGCCGCGUCCGCCUGGAGCCUGCAGCAGGUCCGCACGAAGGCGCGCGGCAACACGUACCAGCCCAACAACCGCAAGCGCAAGCGCACGCACGGCUGGGUCAAGCGCAUCAGCACCCCGGCCGGCAUCGAGGUCAUCCUGCGGCGCAUGCUCAAGGGCAGGAAGUCCCUGAGCCACUGAGCGCCACCGCCGUGAGGCCCCGUGUCACGGAGUGCCGAGGAAUCCAGCCCUUCCUCCGAGAAAAACUGCUCCCCUGCAUCAUGGAAUGCCGAGGAAUCCAGCCUUUCCUGCAAGGAACACUGUGCUGAGCAGCAGCAACCAACUGUGUCUCUCCCACUAGGAAUGUGCGAGGAGUUGCGCGGGUUGAGGGCAGCCUUUGAGGACUCAUUAGUGGCUGCUGUUUAAUUGUAAAUUAGUGUGACUUGUAAGCA